AUGCAUGACGUGAUGCUGCAUUCACAUUUUUGCACCGAAAAUCGGCGAUGGCCAUGGACGCCAAGAUCGGCAGGUUCCUUCUUCUCCGGCGGCGAGAACAUCCCUUGGUGCGACCGCGACGUCAUUGCCGGAUGCGAGAGGGAGGUCGCCGAGGCCGCGACCGAGGAGCACGAGAAGCAGAGCAUCAUGAGGCUGUCUUGGGCGCUCGUGCACUCGAGGAACCAGGACGACGUGCUCCGCGGGAUCGGCAUGCUCCAAGGUACGCUGCGCCGGCCGCCGGCCCUGAAUGGACCGACCACCAGCCCUUUGCAGGCGAGGGAGAAGCUCUACCUGCUGGCCGUGGGGCACUACAGGAACGGCGACUACCCCAGGAGCCGGCAGUUCCUGGACCAGUGCCUGGAGAUCCAACCUGAUUGUAGACAGGCCCUGGCUCUGAAGAAGAUAGUGGAAGAUAAAAUUGCUAAAGGUGAGCAAACAAUCAUUGAUGCCGAUGGCGUUAUCGGUAUUGGAAUAGCUACAACUGUAAUUGGAGUGCUCAUUGGGAUCGCAGCUGCUGUUGCUCGAAAAAACUGA